AUGGUUCGGCUCGUACACUUGCCGGCUUUUAGGUCUUCUGAGAUUCCACCUCGGGUUACGCAGCGUUUUAAAACAUUGGGAAAAAAAACAAUAAUUGAACCCAUACACUGGGUGGGACGCCAAGUGGGUUAUGUAAUUCACUGCAAAAACAACCUUCAAACACUGCAAGGCCGAGCGGAAGAGUUAAAAGCUGCCAGAGAGUCGUUAGAACAUGAGGUUGAUGAGGCUAUUAGAAGAGGCGAACUAGUUGCAUGGCGUUUGCAGUAUUGCCUAACAAGAGCGGCGCGGGUCGCUGCAGUGACAGACGAACUUUUGAGAGGUGAAAGCCAAGUAGAUCUGAAAUGUCUCCAUGGGUUUUGUCCUAAUCUGAAGUACAGUUAUCGGCUGGGCAGGAAAUCAACAAAAUUGAUAAUGGAGGUUGUUCAUCUCCGGGACACACUUUCCACAGUUGAAAUUUGGCUUGAGAAGUGGGGUGUAUCCACCGGGGAGUACCAGGCUUUUCCAUCAAGGACGUCAACUGUUGAGGAAAUCAUGGGUGAACUGAAGAAUUCUAGUGCCCGCAGGAUCGGGGUGUGUGGACCUACAGGUGUGGGUAAAACUCUACUUGCCAAAGAAGUUUAUAGGCAAGCUAGAGAAGAUAAAAAGUUAUUUGAUAAUGUGGUUAUCCUAUUAGAUGUCAAGAAAAAUCCAGACCUGGAAGUAAUUCAGAGCAAGAUUGUUCGUCAGUUAGAUAUGAAGAUUCUUGAGGAUGAGAAUUUAGAUGGAAGAGCAAGUCGUCUACGUGCCAGGAUACUAGACAAGAAGAUUCUUGUGAUUCUGGAUGAUGUUUGGGAACAAAUUGACUUGGAAGCUCUGGGACUCCCAAGUGUUCCUAAUUGUAAGAUAUUGCUGACAUCUAAAACAACCUCCUCUGAUACAAUAAUGCGGUACUUCGAGCUCGGCCCUUUAGAUACAAUAAUGCAGUACUUCGAGCUCGGCCCUUUAGAUAACAAAGAGGCUAGGUUCCUAUUUGAGAAGAUGAUAGGUGAUGAUGUUAAAGAAGCAGUUGAUAUACGAAAUGUAGCAAAUCAAGUUGCUGAUAGAUGUAGACGUUUGCCCAUAUUAAUUGUCAUAGUUGCAAGCACUUUGAAGAGAAUAUCUACUUUAACUUCAUGGGAAAAUGCUUUGGGAUGCCUUGAAGAGUUUAAUAUUACAGAUCACAGGAUCACACGAGACCCACACUUGGGGAUAGAGUGGAGUUACAAACAAUUGAAUGAUGAGGAAGUGAAGCAGUUGUUCUUGCUAUGUGGAUUUGCAAUAUGGGGAAAAGAUAUUUAUUUGCCAGCCUUGUUGAAAUUUAGUAUGGGUUUGGGCCUCUUCAGUAAGGCAUACACAAUGGAGCAAGCAAAAGAUGCAUUUCAAUCAUCGGUUGAAAAACUCAAGGAUUUUUAUCUACUGACAGACAGUGAUGAUGAUAACAGAUCUGUCAGAAUGCAUGACCUUGUACGUGAUGUUGCUAACCAGAUUGCAUUCCGAGAUGGACACAUCUUAUCAUCGGCUGAAGAUGGGGGUGACUAUGAGUUAAAAGAAUGGCUAGAUAAGGAUUUCUUCAAAAAGUGCAGUAUGAUAUCUCCACAAUCCAGUACAGUUCCCGUGCUUUCUGAAGUAACUAGGAUACACCCCAAAUUAAAAAUGCUUUAUUUGCACGGUAAAGGUGAUAACUUGGUGGAGAUGCCAUCCAACUUUUUUAGGGAGAUUCAGGAACUCAAAAUGUUGGAUUUAACCAGACUGCAUCUGCUGUCACUACCUUCAUCUCUUCAGUUCCUGAAGAAUAUGCAUGCCUUAUUUUUAAAUCAAUGCACCUUGGGAGACGUUGCUUUAGUUGGGCAGCUAAGUAACUUGGAAAUUCUCAGCUUUUCUCAGUCCAGUGUCAAACAAUUGACUAAAGAAAUAGGGCAUUUGACUCGUCUUCGGUUGUUGGAUUUAUCUGAUUGCUCUGAACUUGAAGUUAUUUCACCCAAUGUCAUAUCAAGCUUGGAGAGACUAGAAGACUUGAGAAUGAGAAACAGCUUUAACAAGUGGGAGGCUGAAGCUAAAAGAAGCAACGCAAGCCUUUCUGAGCUGAAGUAUUUGUCUCAGUUAUCCGUAUUACAGAUACAUAUUCUGAAUGCUGACAUUCUUCCAGCAAACUUGUUCUCCCGCAAGUUAGAAAGAUUCAAUGUUUUUAUUGGGGACGUGUGGGUUGAGAGAUAUACUCGAAAGACCCUACUAAUGGUUGAGACUACACUCAACACACUAAAACUCAAGCCCACUACCAGCACCGAAGGAUUGGAUACAGGACUAAAAUUGUUGCUGAAGAGAACAGAAGACUUGUCCUUGGAUGGAACGGAGGGUGUCAAUGAGAUGCUCGAUGAAUUAGUUACUCAAGACUUCCAGUAUUUGGAGUGUUUGAAACAUUUGCAAGUCCAAAACUAUGUUGAUAUAAGAUAUCCCAUUAACAGGGAGGUACGUUCUCUGCUGACAGUUUGA